AUGUCAGAUUCCAACACAACCGACUUCACCAACCCCUCCACCUUCAUCCUGCUGGGCAUUCCUGGCCUGGAGGUGGCCCAUGUCUGGAUCUCCAUCCCCUUCUUCACCAUGUACGCCAUAGCCAUCUUGGGGAACUUCACCAUCCUGUUCAUUGUGAAGAUGGAGCCGAGCCUCCAUGGGCCCAUGUACUAUUUCGUUUGCAUGCUGGCCGUCACUGACCUGGUCCUGUCCACGUCCAUCCUGCCCAAGACUCUGAGCAUCUUCUGGUUCAAUUCCAGGGAGAUCGAUUUCAGUGCCUGCCUCACCCAGAUGUACUUCAUUCACUCCUUCUUAGCAAUGGAGUCUGGGAUCUUUGUGGCCAUGGCUUUGGAUCGCUACGUGGCCAUCUGCCAUCCCCUGAGACAUUCCACCAUCCUGACAAACCCCGUGGUGGCCAAGAUUGGCCUGACCGUGGUGCUGCGUGGCUUCAUGCUAAUGCUCCCCUUUCCCUUGCUGGCGAGGCUGUGGCCAUAUUGCAGAAUCAACAUCAUUCCUCACACACACUGUGAGCACAUAGCUGUGGUGAAGCUGGCCUGCGCCGACAUUCGCAUCAGUAAUUACUAUGGCCUCUUUGUGCUAUUCUUUUUAACUGGUCUGGAUGUGUUUUUUAUCGCUGUGUCCUACAGCCAGAUCCUCAAAGCCAUCUUCAGCCUCUCCACAAAGGACGCCCGGCUUAAGACUUUUGGGACCUGCAGCUCCCACCUCUGUGUCAUCUUAGCCUUUUACAUCCCAGGUCUUUUCUCCUUACUCAUGCAGCGUUUUGGCGACAAUGUGGCCCUGCAUUUCCAUGUUCUCAUGGCCAACAUGUAUCCCCUUGUGCCCCCCAUGUUAAACCCCAUCAUCUAUGGAGUGCGGACUAGACACAUCCGGGACAGGCUGCUCCGUCUCUUUUCCCAUAAAAGGACCUAA